UAGUUUAUAAUAAUUACUAAUCAGUAUGGGAUCUAAAUGUCUAUGACGUUCUAUUUGUCCAAAGGCAUCCAGUUGACGUACCUACUUGGAAUCACUUGUCGCAGGAUCUAGGUGGAACCACGAAUUAAACACGGUAAAAAAAUCUGUUUAUCCUUGGGUUUAAUUUAGACCUUAGAUACAUAGAAUAUAGAUAUUAUAAUAUUAUGAUCUAUGAGUUAGAUCAUCGUGGGUGGUAAGGACUUAUGGGUUCCCUUCCGUAAACUAAUAAUAUCUUAUUUUAACUAAUCUGGUUAACAAGGUGUACUUAUCAAUUUAAAUACACCGUCCUUGCUGGUCACUCAAGUUAUCAUUUUAUCAGAUGUCGUAUCAUUGAAAUCGGUCAUUCGAUCGUAUACUCGUAUUGACGUAUAAUUUAUUAUAGUAGGUCAACAUGGACGUGAGACACACCAAAAUUCGAAUCGAUCAAUGAAAUUGCAAAUUGGAAUUUUACCUUUACCUAUAGGUAGUAUAAUAAUAAUUAAUUAUUAGACAAUUGAUAUGAUCUUCAGUAGGUAGGUACUCGUUAAAAUUCUAAAUAGUCAAAAAAACGAACAACUUACCUCUUUUACGCGCAGUGCACUUAUAAUUGCUUAUGUGACGAUAUUGUCAUAUUAUAGAUCUUCAAAAUCGUGGUAAAUACACAAUUAGAAUAGUUUAGGUUUGAUGCCAAAUAGUAGCCGAUUAUUAUUUCAUGAUCGACGAUCGAGCUGGGCUACAAAAGGAUUCCAGUGUACCUACCUAUUUAUGUACUGAAUCUGACGUACAGUCACUCAAGAGUUUGGGAGAUAUAGCAAUUCAUUGAAAUCAGUUACGUUAAGACACAGACUCGACAAUAAUGAAUACACAAUGGAGACAGCCGAGUAAAUUUUACUCAAUAAAUCCGAUGAAACAACAACGUCAAGAGUUGUCAUAUAAAAAACUAAACGAAUUACGCAAAAACGCUACAUUGUGUGAUUUCACUAUAAAGACAGUAGAUGGAGAUAUCAUACAUGUUCACAAAUAUGUUCUAAUGAGUAAUUGUAUGUAUUUUGAAAAAAUGUUCAGUGAAAAAUCUAAAGAUGAUGAUCAAAAGUGUAUUCACGUACUAGAUAUUGAUGGUGAUAUUUUACAUAAUUUGAUCGAUUAUAUCUACACUGGUACAUUGAUUCAAAUCCACGAAGAAAGUGUUGAAAGAAUACUGAAAGGAGCUGAUAUCUUACAACUAUUUGAUGUUCAAGAUUUAUGUAUUGAGUUCCUUCUGAGAUCAAUUAAUGGGGAAAAUUGGUUGAAAAUUAAAAAAAUAGCUGAUUCAAGAAUGAUGUUCAAUAUGCCUAAUGUAUGUUUUAAAUGGGCUCUAAAAAAUUUUGAUGAAGUAUUCAGAUGUGCUGGAUUUUUAACUUUAGAUAUUGAACAACUGAAGCAGUUAAUUGAUAGCGAUGAAUUAUAUACUGUAAAAGAAGAAAAUGUAUAUAUUGCUGUAAUAAUAUGGGUGAGACAUGAUGAAAUAAACCGAAAACAUUUUUUACCAGAAUUAAUGAAAUUGGUUAGAGUACCACUUAUGAAUUAUAUGUAUGUGCAUAGAUUACUCCAAGAAGAACCUCUUAUUACUUCCAAUCGAAUAUGUUUUGAAUAUCUUACAAAAAUACAUAAAGAUAUGUUUUACCAACAUAAUAAAACACCUAAUCAUGAUACUGUAAGACGCACGCAAAGGGGUUUUAUAACUCGUAGUCUACCUUGUCUAUCAUAUUAUGUUACUGAAAAUGAAACGGAAGAAUAUGAUUCAUCUCCCAAUUUGAAUACUGAAAAUAUUCCCGAAUAAAAUUGUUUUCACAAUAACAAGGCAUUGCAAACUAUAGAGGAAAAUAUUUUAUGGUGAUUAAUUAUUAUUUUAAAAUUAAAAAUGUUAUAAUACCUAUAUUAUAUCCUAUUCUUUGUUCAUUUAUGCUAUAUAUCUAUGUAAUAUUGUUGUAUUGUUUUAAUAAAAUAAGGUCAACAUCAUCCACAAAGUGAGCGUAAAAUAGUGUAAUAAUUAAUUUAAUUUUUAAUUUUUAAAUAUUCUCCUUUAUGUAUAAUUUAAAAAAAAAUUAAGCCAUUAAUUCAUUAAAUUUAUAUAAUAUUGUUGUUGCCAUAUGUGAUAUGUUAAUUAUAACUAGAACAUAGACUUUCAUGUAUUUACAUAUUUUUUUCCUGGUUAACUUUAUCAUAUUUUUUUGCUUAGUAAGUACACAAUACAUUUCACAACGCUUGUGAUCAAUUAUUCAAUGUUUUUAGUGCAUAUUUUAAUAGUUUAUCAAAAAUCAAGAACUUAAGUAAAUAUUUGUCAUAAAUUAAGGUCAAUAACUUUAUUAAAUUUGAUCAAAGAAAGA